AUGGCGGACUUCCUGCCGUCGCGCUCCGUGCUGUCCGUGUGCUUCCCGGGCUGCGUGCUGACGAACGGCGAGGCCGAGCAGCAGCGCAAGUCCAAGGAGAUCGACAAAUGCCUGUCGCGGGAGAAGACCUACGUGAAGCGGCUAGUGAAGAUCCUGCUGCUGGGCGCGGGCGAGAGCGGCAAGUCCACCUUCCUGAAGCAGAUGCGGAUCAUCCACGGCCAGGACUUCGACCAGCGCGCGCGCGAGGAAUUCCGCCCCACCAUCUACAGCAACGUGAUCAAAGGUAUGAGGGUGCUGGUAGAUGCCCGAGAGAAACUUCAUAUUCCCUGGGGAGACAACAAAAACCAGCUCCACGGAGACAAGUUGAUGGCCUUUGAUACCCGCGCCCCCAUGGCUGCCCAGGGGAUGGUGGAGACCCGAGUAUUUUUGCAGUAUCUUCCUGCUAUCAGAGCCUUAUGGGAGGACAGCGGCAUACAGAACGCCUAUGAUCGGCGCCGGGAAUUCCAGCUGGGUGAGUCUGUAAAGUAUUUCUUGGAUAACUUGGAUAAGCUUGGAGUACCGGACUACAUUCCAUCACAGCAAGAUAUUCUGCUUGCCAGAAGACCCACCAAAGGCAUCCAUGAGUACGACUUUGAAAUUAAAAAUGUUCCUUUCAAAAUGGUUGACGUAGGUGGUCAGAGAUCAGAACGGAAACGUUGGUUUGAAUGCUUUGACAGUGUGACAUCGAUACUUUUCCUUGUCUCUUCAAGUGAGUUUGACCAGGUGCUUAUGGAAGAUCGCCUGACCAAUCGCCUUACAGAAUCUCUGAACAUUUUUGAAACAAUUGUCAAUAAUCGGGUCUUCAGCAACGUCUCUAUAAUUCUCUUCUUAAACAAGACAGACUUGCUUGAGGAGAAAGUGCAAGUUGUAAGCAUCAAAGACUAUUUCCUAGAAUUUGAAGGGGACCCACACUGCUUAAGAGACGUCCAAAAGUUUCUGGUGGAAUGCUUCCGAGGGAAACGCCGGGACCAGCAGCAGAGGCCGUUAUACCACCACUUCACCACUGCCAUCAACACGGAGAACAUCCGCCUUGUGUUCCGAGACGUGAAGGACACGAUCCUUCAUGACAACCUCAAACAGCUUAUGCUCCAGUGAUGACAAGACUCGCUAUUUUAAUACCUUGUUGUGAUUUUGAUUGUUUUCUGUUUGUCUUGUUUUUCUUUUUACAUAGUAGUUUACAACAGCAGUUAGAAAGAUCUCAAUUCUGUGUCUAACUUCUUGGAAAUCUUAGUCCAUCUGUGGCCUUUAGUUUGUGGCUGAGAGCUGCUGAAUUAACACAUUGCCAAUAUCUGCUGGAAUUCGGGCUUUGAUCAGUUUCACUGUGGCUUGCAUUCAAUUAUAACUUCCUGGCCAACCUCACACUAGGUGUAUUUCAGGCUUUGAAUUCUUCUGCUUGCAAACUGGAUUCUCCUAAUUCCCCUGCAGUACCAAGAAUAGGCAGUAUCUUUAAGUACUUGUAGGGGUGAGAUUAUGAAAAUUCAGCUCUAAAAAGAGAGUGCCGUAGCCAGCAGUGACAUGCCUGGCUAGAGUAAGCCCUGGUCUGAAAGGGCUGUUAGAGAAACGAUCUAAGGAGCGGCAGUCUCGGCCUGCGGAGGCUUACCCUCCCGACCCACACAGCAGUAGUUUGUUUUUCUCAAUUCCUUUAAUUUCUGAAGGUAAUAUCUUAGUGUUUAAGUUUACAAUAUGGAUUCAGCCUGAUGCUGAUGUGGUCACAAAUGGUACAUGUGCUAUGUUGAUCUGUGGUGACCAGUGACAUGCAUUUUCCUUUGCCAUACAUAUUGUCACUAACUUAAUGUGCCAUGUUAGAGACAUGCUAGCCAUAACAACAAGUAGAAAGGGCAAACACCUUGGUAUCGGGAAUCAACUUAGUGGCUCUAGAGUGCCAGGUGUGACUUUUGGGUCCUGUCUCAUUGGAUUUUGUGCCUUGCUGGAAGAAAUGGCUGUCUGGUCUCCUUCCUUUUGUCCCACUGUCUCAACCUCAGCAACUCAGAAUUGUGGCGCUCUCGAGUUCUCUUGUCACUGAGAGCUUGGCGGACAGUGUUUCCCUGUGAACUGUUGAAGAAGAUGUCCUUUCAAUACCCUGUUUGUGGUUAGUGUCUCUCUAUGUGAUAUCGUUUGUACAUGUUGUGUGUGUCAUUGUGUGUGAGACAGCAACAGCUUCAUUGAGGUACAUUUGAAUGUCUAAAGAAUGCAUCUAAAGAUAAGUACAUUUUUGGCCCAUACUUAGGGAGGUUUGCCUUACACACACACACACACACACACACACACACACACACACCACUGCUAAGUUAAACUGUGCCCAUGAAGUAGCUUAUGAUUAAAUAUAGUGACUGGUGUAUUAAACCAUUUGUCAUGUUCCAACUGGCCUAUGAGUUUGUAGAACUUAAGCUUGUCCCUGCUUUCCCUGGAGAGUACACCAGGGGAGUGAUGCCUGUUGUUUUACUGUGUGAGUGGUCUCAGGCAAGAAAUUGGGCCCUGAAACAUUGGCCGACUUUGAGCCUCGCAAGCUUUCCUUUUUCCUUGCUGGAGGCUUCAAGAGCUGGCCCCCCUAGUGUGUACUUGAGAGACCUAAUUUGUCUUGGAUUUGAACUUUCACUCUCCUUCCAGUUCUAAAGUACAGUACUUUCUUGCCUUGGUAAUAUCAUGAACUUCAGACAUGUACGCCAGUAUCACAGUGCAAGUGUUGUUAGCAUGAUUCAUGGAUAUUUGAAUGGUUCUACGUCUGGUCCUUUUUUGCCAAAAAAGAAUAUGUCAUUUAAAUUCAUGGGGUUAGCAGAACUCCCGUGCUGAUGAGCAGUUGAGCAUGUGGACAGUAACACGUGCUCUGUGUUAAUUCAGCAAACAUUCGUGUGCAUUGGCCACAGCGAACUGCAGUGAAGGCAGAAGUCAGGCCCUCCAGAAAGCAGUUGUAUCUGGUUACAUUUAAGCUCUGUGGUAAGCACAGAAAUCCUGCCUGACAGAGCAGGAUCUCUGACUUCCUCCAUUGUGACCAUUACCAAGAAAGAGCAAGAGCUCCUGACUAGAGACAACCUCCUCCUGGGCAGCUGCAUCCUUCUGGGCGGCUGCAUCCUUCUGAAGCAUGCAGCAUCUCAGAACCCAAUGCAGUCCAGAUACAUUCUGAAGCGGUGGCUUACUUACAUGUAAUCUAUACAGGAUUGUUUAGAGUAUUUAGAAUUUAAAGAACUGUGAGGCUCGGCCAAAAAGCCAUGGUCCACAUUUGCGGUCUGACACCCACACCCUGAAAGUCAGGUCCUUUUGUGAAGGGAAAUACUGUUGUGUGACAGGGAAGAUGAAAUUUAGCUGACAGAAUUGAAAAGGUGCUCAACCCUCAGUGUGCUGAUUUCCCCCAUCCCGGAACCAUGCCUGGGAGUCGAUGCCCUAGUGGGCAUUGGACUGUGCAUGUCUCGGGGUGUGUGGAGUGACUGUGCCUAAUCCAGACUCCUUCAACCCCAAAGCCUUCCUGCUUACUGACAAAGAACUACACAAGUGUCUUGGUUGACUUCAGAAUCUUUUUCUAUUUUACAGAGUUGCCUUAUAAAUAAAAGAACAACACAGAUCUAGACCUUAAUUUUCUUUUUAAUGGGCAAAGGGCUUUGUUCCAUGUUUUCUUAAGAUCUUAAUUCAUGAUGUGCAGCUGCCACCCAGAUAUCUGUAAUGGCCUGAGAUACUGCUCUCUACCUAAUGCUAUCUGUAUUCAAUGGAAGCCCCUGUAUCAGUUUUUCUAUCUAGAAAGGGUACUUGAGAGCCAGAGGGAAGCUUCAGUCACCCAAGAUGGGGUAUCCUUGGAGAGGAGUAUGUUGGGUUUUUUGUUUGUUUUCCUAUCGCAGUGCAUUGUGGGUACUUCACACCGAGAAGGUCCUCUGGUGAAGUCCUCAAGUUAGGACUCAACAGGGAAAUGCUUGUUAAGUUAGUGGCAGCUGAUGCUUUAAAGUGAGAGACAGUAAGACCACAUUAGUGACAGAAGGGACAAGAAUUGUUAGAUGCAGCAAAAAGCAUGUGCCCUCUAAGUAACUCUUACCUUCCAGCAUGUAUUUCUCAGUGUUGGUAUUCGCAUCCGGUUAUGCCUCGUUUAUAUGAAGAAUAAAAUGGCCAAGUUAUGCGGUUAUAUCCUGAGACUCAAGCUAUUUGGAAAACCCUCAAAUUGGUGCUUUCAUUAUUUAAUGAUACAUUUAGGCAAAACCCCAAACAAACCAUCUGAAACCUGACUCCGAGUUGCAAUUUAUAGUGAUGUUAUUUUUCUCGUUUGAGAAGACCAAGUGCCAGUGUUAAUUUGAAUUUCCUGUAUGAACCCAUGCAUCCUACCUGUAAAGCCCAGUCAAACAUUUGUAAGAAAUUCCCUAAUAAACCUAGACAAAGCCGCUUUGUUACCCUUUCAUUUCUUUUAAUUUUAUUUGAAAGAUGGAGAAUAAAGUUUUCAGGUCCUUUUUAUUUGGAGAAUCAGACUUUGGCUGUAUGUCUCUUUUCUGUGAUUUCAGUACAUUAAAUUCCGUGAGUCAAGGGAUCUUUGGUUUGUGCUACUUGAAUGAAGGUAUUUUCUGCUUUCUCUUUUUCUUUUCUUUCUUUUUCUUCUUCUUCUUUUUUUUUUUUUAAAGCUGGGAUGUGGUUGGCCUUUCAACCUAGAAAGCAUGAGGGCACAUGAUGCCCAUUUUCUUACGGUACGAGUUUAGGGCUAAGUCAGUUUACAAUAGGAUUGAGUUUUGUGUCAAAACCUGAUGGUAGCUUCUCAGACACCAUCAGCUAGAUGCUUGUAGCCGUGCCUUGCAGGCGGGUAUCAGACUCAUCAAAGCAGUGUUCAUCUGCUAGCAUCCUAACGUCCUCCCGGAUGUAGAUCGGCAUUUGAAUUUUCCUGCUCAUCCCUCUAUAUAGCAUUCAGGUCUGACCGUCCAGUUUUGAGUGCCACGGAUGGCACAUAGUAUUGUUUUAUGUUUGUUGGCUUGUAUAUUUGUGCUUCUGAGGCAGGGUCUCCCUGCGUAGCCCAGGCUGGUCUUGAAUUUGAGAUCCUCCUGGCUCAACUUCCCAACUGCAGAGAUUACCACUUGUUUUGUGUUUUUGUUUUUGUUUUUUUUUUAAAUGAAGCACUAGUCAUGUGGUAGUGUUUAAGUGGGCUGUAAUGUGACAUUUGUGACCUUUGCUGUGUUAAUAGUGAUGAAGUCACUAGAUGGUUUGAAGCAUGGAUUCGGGUCUGUGAGGAUCACUGAUGGUAAUAAGCCACCUUCUCAGUACGUAAUUCUCAUUCUAUUCACAGAUAAAACACUGCCAAAGUGAGUGACGAUUUUGACAUUAACCGUGCCUCUUCAAUGGCACCGAGAAUGACAGGAAGGAAGGAGGCAGUGUGUUCUUGUUGGGUGCAUAUGGUAAUGAAGCAGACUGUAUCCUGUGUACCUUCUCUUUACCUCUUUACUUGAAAGCAGAAUCGCAAAAUCUCCCGAAUGACUUUUCUCGGUUACGUGUGAGCUCACGGAGCACAAGAAGCCUUAUUAGAGGCACACAGUGCAGCCCUUGGGGAUGCUGUCCCUAACACAUCAUGGUUCAUACUACCCUGUAUAAAAGUAUUUGUGGCUUAGUUUUUUUUUUUCCAUACAUCUUUUUAAAACUUUCCAGGAACUAAGCACAUUAUCUAAUACUGUUGUAAAUUUUUUUUGGUCAGUGCUUUGGUUCGAGAGUAACAGUAAAUUAUUUCUACAGGAGGCCUAAGAGUAGAAGGUAUGGUUUCAUUUCCCCCAAACAAAUUGCUAUUAUUCACUAAGGCUUUUUACUUUUGUACAUAUUUUGCAAAAAGUUUGUCUCUUUACUAUUAAUAUUUGCUUUGUAAAAAUUACUGACAUUUAAUAAACAUUUAUAAAUGA